AGGAAACACUGCCUUAGUUAUGUCUAGAUGGAAAGUAACAAUACUGUAACAGUACACUCAUUGUCAGCCAGGUGGCGCUGGUCAGCGCACAGUACUGUAUAGAAGGUGAGUCAGGGCCCUGCCCAGCUACCUGCACAGAGUGGGCGGUACUGUCCAUGACGUCACCCAUAGAGAGUAAGCGAGUCAUGUGACCGAGAGACAGGAAGCCUGUCCCGGGGGAGGGUGCAGCCUGCAGGUGAGAGUGUCCAUGUAUUGUGAUCCCUAAUUUAUUCCCGGGAUCUGGAGAGGAGCAAGGAAUCCACCAAGAGACACAUGUGAGAGACAGAGAACACCCGAGAGACAGUCUCUAGAGAGAGUGCUGUGAAGUGGGCGGGGAGACAUGGUAAGAGACUGCAGCCAUUGACCAGCACUCCCAUCACACAGCAGGAUACACAAAUGUCUGGAGGAGGAUCAUCUUCAGGACCAAGAUCCAAACACAGAGCUACAAAUGGCCGUGUUGUACAAUACGAUCAAGUUCCAGUAGAGUCCAAUGAGCAAAGAAGUAAUAUACAGAUGUUACGGGACUGUGAGUUGGCAUUGAGUGCGGACCCGUUGCCCCCGCCUCCGUUGCCACUUGUUCCUCCAUUCGGACCAGAGUUUUUUCCAAGUGAUAGCGAAGAACCAGUCGCUCCACUUGAACUCAGACCUGUUCGACGUUUUAUUCCAGACUCCUGGAAAAAUAUCUUUAGGAGUAAAAAAGAGACAGCAUGGGAAGAGCCCAUAUCAGAACUUAACUACAUUUCUGGAGGAGAGCGUUGUUCACCCCCUCCGUCACCAUCACUCCCUGCAUCUGGAUCUCAUGUAAAAAGCUCAAUUGUGAAUGCAAAGUUAGCUGGAGGUUCAUUACAGGAUCCAUAUGGGGGUUCUGGUGGUAGCUACAACUCAAGGAAAGAAGUUGAUGCCAUGAUCGUGGACGAUGAUCCUUAUUCCUCUCUGGAUCGCCAGACACGUACUGUGAAAACUUAUAGUGAGAAGGUAGAAGAGUACAACUUGAGAUACUCUUACAUGAAGUCUUGGGCAGGACUGCUGAGAAUUCUAGGCGUUGUGGAGCUCUUGCUUGGAGCAGGCGUUUUUGCCUGUGUUACAGCUUAUAUCCACAAAGACAAUGAAUGGUUCAAUAUGUUUGGUUACUCACAGCCAUAUUCCUAUUCUGCUAGUUUACAGGGGGGGUACUACUAUAGUGGACCCAAGACUCCCUUUGUACUGGUGGUGGCAGGCUUGGCAUGGCUGAUUACUAUAAUCCUUUUAGUGCUCGGCAUGUCCAUGUACUACAGGACAAUUCUACUGGAUUCUAACUGGUGGCCUUUAACAGAGUUCGGUAUCAAUAUCUGCAUGUUUAUUCUAUAUAUGGCAGGAGCAAUUGUGUAUGUGAAUGACACAAACAGAGGAGGACUGUGCUACUAUUCUCUCUUCAACAACCCCAUGUAUUCUACAUUCUGUCGUGUGGAAGGGGGGCAGACGGCAGCCAUGAUCUUCCUGUUUGUUCUCAUGUUAGUUUAUUUCAUUAGUGGCCUUGUUUCUCUGAAACUCUGGCGACAUGAGAGUGCCCGUAAGAGACGAGAAUAUCUAGAGCAAGAGAUGAGGUCACAUGACUCACACGAUUAUCCACAUAAAAUCAUGCAUCAUGUUUCUGCUGGAAAUGACAAUCUACUGACUGAUGUUCCAGCAGUAAAGCACAGAGUAAACCAUCCAGCAGAGAUGAGACCUGAACUAGUAAGCGGAUACAUUCCAGCAGGACAUAUUCCCAAGCCCAUUGUCAUGCCAGAUUAUGUGGCGAAAUACCAGGCAAUAAAAUCAGAUGAUGAGCGAGAUCGAUAUAAAGCGGUGUUUAAUGAUCAGCAUUCUGAGUAUAAAGAGCUGUCGGCUGAGGUACAGGCAGUACUGAAAAAAUUCAGUGAACUGGAUGCACUGAUGAGAAAAUUGCCCAAGAACCCAGAAAACAACUAUGAAUAUGAACGGAUCUCAAAGGUUUUGCAAGAAUAUCAGAAGAAAAAGAAUUAUUUUUCAGGACAAUGUAGUUGGAGGGUGAAAAUGUCGUAUUCACAGGGAAAAAAAGAGAAUUUUCUGACAAAAAUAGAAAUGUUAAUAGUUCAGGAUCCUACGUUUUUGGAGAAGAAGGAACGCUGCGAGUACUUGAAAAACAAGCUCUCUCACAUCAAGCAGAGAAUUCAGGAGUAUGACAAGGUCAUGACCUGGAACGAUGGAUAUAACUAGUUCUCUGGAAGUUUUUUUUUUUUUUUUUUUUUUCCUUUUUAGUAGCAUAAUGUCACUUAUUUUUUAGAUUCAGUUAACAUCUAUGUCAUUGGCUUGCAUUUAUAAAGAAAACCAUGAUGCAGUGCUGGAUCUGACAUACAACUAAUGGGGUUAGUUGGAUUCUGUAGGUCUGGCAGAAAGAUAAGAGAUGAAUGCAACACUAUUCUUCAUGUUUAAUUUGAUGUAAGUUGUUUAUAAAGGCUCCGAAUUGAAGCCUUAGUCUCAAAAACCUUUUAAAUAUUGCAGAAUAUUUUAGAUAUGUGUUUUAUUGUAAACAGCUUCUGGGAAGGAACCGGCACUGUGAUAGGGACUCUAGGUCCACGUGGGUGCUCAGCUCCUAGGGAUGCGACUCAAUAUCCCACAACUUGAAGAUCCAUAGAAGUCCAAUUGAAUUGUGAUAAAGUGGAUUUAUUCACCCAUCAAGUCAGAGGUGCUACGUUUCGGUCUACACAAUGGGGGACAUUUUAUCAAUGUUUGCUUAUGUAUUUCUUUUUUUAGUAAUUUUUUUUCUUACAAUUUUUUUGCUUAUGUGCGACUUAUUUAUCAACUGGUUUCAGCCUGUUGAUGAAUUUCUUUCACGUAAGCAAUUUUUCUUUUUUUGCUUUGGUAGUAGCUUUUUCUGCUCCAUGUCUGAGUAAAUUAUGUAGGUUUUUUCAUGCGAUGCGACUUUUUUACGACUUUCGCACUUGAUAAAUCUCUGACCACUGCAAGUCAAAAAUCACUUUCUGCUUUGGUAAGCAAGAAUUUUUAUUUUUUGCUUAGGACACUGAACAAGCAAAAAGUCGCAGAAAAAAGAGCGUAGGCGCAAGUGUGACAAUUUUGCAACCAUUUUAAGCAAAAAAAAACAACUACUUAAUGCUUUGAUAAAUGUCCCCCAAUGAGACUAGGCUUAAAAAAGGUCUCAUUGUGUAGACCGAAACGUAGCACCUCUCUGAAUUGAUGGGUGAAUAAAUCCACUUUAUCACAAUUCAAUUGGAGUGCCGCUUCUUCUAUGGAUCUGUUUUAUUGUAUAUAUUUUCUUGUGAAAAUGUUAAUAUCAGUUAUGUAAAAGGCUGCAUGUCUGCUCAUGAACAGGGAGUACUUACAGUGUGGACAAUGCAGUAAUAAAAAAAUAAAAAAAAGUAUUUUAGUUUCUCAAUUAUAUAAGAUUGAACAGCGAAAUGCUGUAACCAACAACUGGAAAGACACUUAUCAUUUCAUGUACAUAUUUCUAUACUGUAAUAAUGGAGUGUUAUUAUUCUCCACAAAUGGAACGUAAAGUAGGAUUCUUCCAUUCUA